GAUGACUCGCUUCAUUUGAUCAAGAAGGAUCCCGUCCAUGAGGAUGAGAUCUGACGUUCUGCGCUGGAUAUUAUAGAAGAAUGAAAAGCAACCUCUGUCACAAAAAAAAAUCAUACAAAUGAUAUGACCGUUCUCCUCGCAUCGGUCACCACACUCAUCUACUAAAGAGUUAACUGUGAGCCAUCUACAGAAAGUCAUUUUGUAUAACAUCAUCAAAACCAUGGUGGACAACCGCUAUGCCACAGCUCUGGUCAUCGGCUCCGUGCUGAGCCUGCUCGCCACUGUCUAUCUCUCUGUUGCCAUGGGAACGCAACACUGGUUCCAGUACCACAGCCAGCCGGCCAGCAAUGACGCCAAAAAUGGCUCGGACCUGCAGGAGCUACGUCAGGACUUUGGAGCAGAGGACGUGGAUGAGCGGAUCUACAGCAUCGCUCUCUUCCGGCUCAAUGGGACGCUGGGUCUCUGGUGGCGCUGCAUUCUGGUGCCCCAGGACUCGCACUGGUUUAAAGAGCCUGAUCCAGUAAUGGUGACUAAAUGUCAGGCCUUUACUUUGCCACAGCAGUGGGAACCCAAGUACAAAUCUCCUGGAAAUAUUAACAGUGGAGAAGAUCUGCUGCGUACCUACCUGUGGAAGUGUCAGUUCCUGUUGCCGCUGGUCUCUGUGGGGCUGGUGUUUCUCGCUGCGUUGGUCGGAGUGUGCGCCGGUCUUUGCCGCAGUAUCACUCCCACACUAUUUGUAGGGCUGCUGCAUCUGCUGGCCGGCCUGUGUUCCAUAGCCACUGUAUGCUGUUUCCUUGCGGGGAUGCAUUUGAUACACGAAAUAUCCGACCUGCCAGAAGGUAUGGACUAUUCUCCGGGCUGGUCCUUGUUUUUGGCCCUGGUCUCAUCUCCGCUGCAGAUCAUGGCUGCUGCGCUCUUCAUAUGGGCUGCGAGGAGCCACCGCCAACACUACACUCGAAUGACAGCCUACAGGGUUGCCUAGGCAAUAGAGGACUGACUAUAGAGUCACCGAAGCGAUUGUCCACUCUCAUAGAAAGCACACAGCCAUGUUUCUUCAGCGGCUGCUUUUACCACUAACCAAGCUUAAAUUAUGAAGGAAACAGCCAGAAUACACCACCCAAAAGUUAGUAGGUAAACUAAUGCCCCCACCAUAACACUCUUCUG